AUGAUCAACGAGCGGAAAAAACGACCAAUUGUAAAUGACAAAAUCAAAAACUUAUUAAGUGAUAAGUUAAUAAAUCAAAAUGGUUAUAUUCAUGAAACUAAACAUUUUUUAUUCUAUAAAUCGAAUGUGAUUUAUGAACGAUCUUGUAAUUGUGACAUGGAAAUGUCUUGUAGCUGUUGUGAGUCUGUUGUAUUGCUUUUUACUAAAUCUCUAGGACAACUGUGUGGUAAUUUAAUGUAUCGCCCAGAAGGAUUAAAUGUGAACAUUACUCUAGAUGGAAAUACCAUCAGAUCUAUGACUGUUACAAAUUAUCGACCAUUAAAAAUUUGUGCAUUCAUUCCAAAAAGUUUAUUCUCUAUAAUAUGUUUUAAUAUAUUAGAACUGAAUCUCUUCCCUCGAUCAAUCACAGCUUGUCCUCGUCUGGAAAUAGCCACGAAAAAUCAAAACUGGAAAAUAAAUUAUACCUGUGUAAGCAUCUCUACCCCAAUGGGAUCUGAAGUUGAUAGUUUACUUGUCAAUAACCCUAAUCGAUUAACAAGUGGAGUAAUAAAUCCAUUAAGUAUACUUGAAAAUCAAACCAUUUCAAUGCAAAGUGUUUCACCACCAAAACAAACCCAAUCACAAUUAUCAGCAAUGACACCUGAAGCGAUUAAUAUAUCAAAAUUGAAUAUAAGUGAAACAAAAAUGACUCCUGAAAUUCUUAAAACAUUAUCAACAUCUCCAAUGAUGAAUGUUAUGUCAUCGUCAAACUUUCCAGGAUCACUUGCAAUAUCUACAAGUACUUCAAAUAUUCCACUUACAAUGUCAGCUGAUACUAGUUCCACUUCUAGCGUAAUGAUGAGCUCUAGAAAUCUUCCAUAUACUGCUACUACAACAUUGACUUGUAAAAAAUCAUCAGAGAAUUCUAAAAAUCAAACGAAUUUCCGAAAUUAUCCAAUUAAUAUUACCACCUCAACAACUGUGGAUUCAAAAAAGUUUACACCAUAUUUUGAAAAUACUCUUUCGAUAAGUUCUCACAAUCUUCCUAACUCUACCACCAAUAUGUUAGCCACCACUAAACAGUUUUCAAUUAUUUUCAGUACUCCUGUACCUUUUAAUUAUUCUUCCUUAAUUACUGAAAAUACUCAAGAUACCACUGAAAUGGAAAAAACAACAGCUAAUAACGGUUCAAUCAAUUCUAAAAAUAUAUCAACAAUCAACAAUAUUUCCAUGAGCACUCAAAAAAUUGCGGAAACUUUGAACAAGACAUUGACUCCAAUAAUUUCGAUAAUUCCUAUUAUUUUUCCAGAUAAUUAUGCAAAUUUAUUUUCUGAUGAAUUAAAUUUUAAUGACACAAGUUUCUCAACAACUUCCAAACCAUUUUCUUCCGGUACUGAAGUGAUGAAAGAUGAAUCUACUGAAACACUAUUAGAUAUUAUGUUAACAACAACACCAACAAUCGCGAAUGAUUCUAAUCUGAAUAGCGAUGAUCAUACGACACAAUCCGUAAAAUUAAAUUCAUCAAUAGAAUUUUUAGAAAAUACUACUACAUCACACAACGUUUAA